AUGUCUUCAGGGUUUGCUGCGUUGUGCGUCCUGCUCCUGCACACAGAAGCUCUGGGCUUCGGCAUAUUGUCGGGAAACUCUCUCAGUCACCAGGAAAUCACCAUGAUGGCCGUUUUAAAUUCCACCGUGCAGGUGUGCCGUGCGCUGGCCCUAGCUGAGGGGACAGACUUCACUUUUCCACCUUUCACUGCAGAGGCGGUUGCUGUGGCCUGCGGUGAACCAAAGUCGUCCAAGACUUACCUCCAAGCCAUUAAAUGUAUCACUAUGAGGAACAUACGGGUGGACCUUCGUCGUGCACUUAAUGGAAGCUUCCACUUUGAUGAAGAAUUGUUUGUGCAAGGACGGAAAAUCAUCACCGAGGGAAUAAUGGCUGUGAAAGCAAGCAACAAACAGGAAAACUUUGGGUCGGCCAGGGAGAAAUUGGGAGAGAUUUUACACCCCUUACAGGACUUCUACAGUCAUAGUAACUGGGUGGAACUAGGAAACAAAUUCCCCAACCCUAAUCUGAUCAGAUCAGACACCAGCAUUGGUAACAUAGCAGAUAAAAACAGGGCGACAUGUCGCAACUGUGAUGGAGACAACUGCAGGAACAACAUCUUGGCUGACAUCAUACAGGAGAAGGUUCUGACCUCUGGAUAUUUUGGUGUUGUGCCUCUGGUCUCAACCAAACCAAAAGGAAAAUGCAGCCACGGAGGCGCAGUCGAUCAAACGAGCAGAAUUGAGCCUAAAGGAGGGAUCAACAAAGACUCUUUUGGUGCCAGCCACGGACACCUCCACACCGACGCAGCAAACCUGGCCAUAGCUGCCACCAGUUUGCUACUGGAGGACAUUCGAGGGGCUGCUGGUGACAGACCGUUCCUCCAGAUGUUGGGAAUCUCCAAAGGAUCCAGUAAAGCUCUUUGCUUUGUGAUCGACACCACCAACAGCAUGAGGGACGACCUGGAAGCAGUGAGGGCCGUCACUUCCUCCAUAAUCGACAAUGCAGUCGGGACAGAAGAUGAGCCCUCAGCCUACAUCCUUGUACCUUUCAACGAUCCAGAUUUUGGGCCGCUGACAAAGACUUCGGACCCAAAUGUCUUCAAGAAUGUCAUCAAUUCCCUAUCAGCAGCCGGUGGAGGGGAUGAGGAGGAACUGAGUCUUUCGGGGCUUCAGCUGGCUUUGACGAGGGCUCCGGUAAAUUCGGAGGUGUUCCUCUUCACGGAUGCACCGGCUAAAGACAAAUACCUCAAAAGCACAGUGACCGCACUCAUAGAGCGGACGCAAACAGUGGUGAAUUUCAUGAUUUCCGGCUCCACAGUGCUCAAUCGCAGAAAGAGGAGUGGGGACACCCAGAACCCAAACCAUGCUCAGCUGUACCGAGACCUGGCUCAGGCCUCAGGAGGUCUGGUUAUUGAAGUGACAAAAAGUGAGCUGGCUGCGGCCACCAGCAUCAUUACACAGUCCUCCAGGUCCUCUCUGGUAACCCUACUGCAGGCAGCCAGGAGCCCGGGAAAGACGGACACCUUUUCUUUCAGAGUUGAUGAGACGGUAGAAAACGUUAGAGUCUACAUCACUGGACGCUCUGUCACGUUCACGCUCACUAGUCCCACAGGGGAGCAGAGCAGCGACGCAGGAGGACCGUUGAUCACUGCAUCUCAGUCGGUGGGGAACCUCAAGACUCUGCAGCUAAUGCGUCAAGCUGGACUUUGGAGAAUGGAAAUGAGGUCAACUGAUCCCUACACUCUCAAGGUCAUAGGUCAAAGUCCUAUUGACUUCCUGUUUGGCUUUGUGGAGGCAUCAAAAGGCCCUUUCUCAGGAUAUGACUCUCUUGACAGUCGUCCCCGAGCUGGUGUCAACGGCAGCUUGUUGGUGUCUUUGACGGGAAGCGACUCUGCCACGGUGACAGAGGUCACUCUGGUCGAAUCGUCGGGGUCGGGGGAGAUUAAAGGAAUGGUGGAGCCACAGGGGGGAGGAAACUUCUUAGUUCGCGUCGACGCGGUUCCGUUGGUGGAGUUUGUGGUGCGUGUGGCGGGGCGGGACGACGGCGCCGCCCCCGGGGCGUCAUCGAUAAUCUUCCAAAGGCAGUCGUGCACCAGCUUCAGAGGCUCUAACCUGACUGUGAACGCCGAUUCCAAUAGCAUCUUGGUACCGGGGACGCCCUUCCUUGUGCCCUUCUCUGUGUCAACCAGUGGAGUAGGGGGAAACGUCACCAUCCGAGCCACCAACAACCAGCGCUUCGACUCGACCUCUCCGACAAACGUAUCCCUGGAACCUGGGGUCAGCGCUAAUGACACGGUGACCCUCUUGGCACCUCUGAACACCCGGUCUGGCGAUGACGUCACCCUGACCAUUGAGGUCGAGGCUCCCGGGGGUGAAGACGCAAACUACGUCGUGCUGCGCAUCUCUGUCUUUAACACGGUGACGGAUUUUACUCCACCACGGUGUGAGCAGCUGAGCCUCAAACACAACUGCUCCGUGAACUGCAGCCUAUCGAGGUGGGAGCUCUCUGCCCGGGUGACAGAUGGGGCUGGAGGGACGGGUGUGGAGCGAGUCAGCCUCAGACGGGGCAACGGGACCAUCACCGCCGGCCCGGCCAGCAGCAACGAGAACGUGACGCUGGUUUCCUACGUCUCGUCCUGCUGCGCGCCGGAUAUGGAGCUGGUGGCUGUGGACCGAGUGGGUAACGUGGACACCUGUUUGUUCGAUUACCGACCAUCUGCUGCUCAGUCUUCUUCCCCGAAGGUCACUCACUCACCUCUUCUUCUCCCAACCCUAGUGGUGCUGGGACUCCAUAUGCUUUCAAAAGUGGGCAUCCCUUGACUCCCGGUUGAAUUAUUUAUAGCAGCAUUAAUGUAUAUAUAUUUUAAACAAUUAAUUGAUUGACUUUGUACUAUAAAAUGAGUUAGCUGGGGCUGCACACAUUUAUAAAAUGUUUUACCUCACUGUAGGUGUUUUUCAUAUGGUUCAGUCGCACUGCUCUAAUUAACACCGUUUUUUUGUAACUUUUUUGGGGGAAACUUAAAUAACUCCACUGCAUGGGUGUGUUUGUUUAAAUAAGAGGCAGGAAUGAAUUUA